AUGCAGACGCACAAAUCUCUUCUCUCCCACACCACCCAAUGGGCUACACUAAUACCAUCUCCAUCUACCUUUCUCGCCUCUCGAUCCCACCGACCCGCAAAGAUCUCUGCUGUGGCAGCACCAAUUAGGCCCGCACUGAAACACCAGAACAAGAUCCAUUCAAUGCCGCCGGAGAAAAUAGAGAUUUUCAAAUCUUUAGACGGAUGGGCCACCGAUCAAAUCUUGCCUCUUCUCAAACCCGUCGACCAAUGUUGGCAACCCGCUUCCUUCUUACCCGACCCGGCCCAACCCUUCUCUGAGUUCACUGAUCAGGUGCAUGAGCUGAGAGAACGAACGGCGUCAUUGCCGGACGAAUACUUCAUUGUGUUGGUCGGAGAUAUGAUAACGGAAGACGCAUUGCCUACUUACCAGACAAUGAUCAACACACUUGACGGAGUAAGAGACGAGACUGGCGCGAGUGAGAGCGCGUGGGCCAAGUGGACACGCGCGUGGACGGCAGAGGAGAAUCGUCACGGUGACUUGUUACGGACUUACUUGUACUUAUCCGGUCGCGUGGAUAUGCUUAUGGUCGAACGUACCGUCCAGCAUCUCAUCAGCUCCGGCAUGGAUCCAGGAACAGAGAACAACCCGUACUUGGGUUUCGUCUACACAUCGUUCCAAGAACGAGCCACCUUCGUGUCUCACGGCAACACGGCGAGGCUUGCAAAAGAAGCCGGAGAUCCAGUCCUCGCUAAAAUCUGCGGCACAAUCGCAGCCGACGAAAAGCGCCACGAAAACGCCUACGUCCGCAUAGUCGAGAAGCUACUCGAAAUCGACCCAAACGGCGCAAUCUCCGCCGUCGCCGACAUGAUGCGGAAAAAGAUCACAAUGCCGGCGCAUUUGAUGACCGACGGAAGAGAUCCGAUGCUCUUCGAGCAUUUCUCCGCCGUGGCUCAACGGCUAGGAGUGUACACGGCGGAGGAUUAUGCGGACAUUUUGGAGUUUUUGGUUGGACGGUGGAGAUUAGAGAAGAUGGACGGAUUGACGGCUGAGGGACAGCGUGCACAAGAGUUUGUGUGUGGGUUUGCGCAGAGGAUAAGACGUCUUCAAGAGCGUGCAGACGAGAGAGCGAAGAAGGUUAAGAAGUCACAUGAGGUCUGCUUUAGCUGGAUCUUUGAUAAACAGAUUAGGCUGUAA